GCACCGGCGGCGGCGGCGGCGGCCUCAGGUCCAGGGUCAUCAUGGAACUAAUUCGCUGACUGACCCACCGGCCGCAGCCGUGCGUCCCGCGCCAGCGCCCCCCGGCCCGGUUCCCCCUCUUCUCCCUCCUCAGUCGGCCCGGUCCUCGUCCCGCGCGCCCCGCCGCCGCGCGCUGAGGAGAAUGAGGUGGUAACGGGUCCCCGGAUGACCCAGCGUCACCACUGUGAGGCCUACAGCUCUGCCGAGGAGGAGGAGGAGGAGGAGGAGGAGGAGGAGGAAGAGGUAGCUACAUCAAGCUGGGUGGCAGGCAGAUCCAAAGGAUAUCAUGAAGUUUCCAGGACCUUUGGAAAACCAGAGAUUGUCUUUCCUGUUGGAAAAGGCAAUCUCUAGGGAAGCCCAGAUGUGGAAGGUCAAUGUGCCGAAAAUGCCUACAAAUCAGAAUGUUUCUCCAUCCCAGAGAGAUGAAGUAAUUCAGUGGUUGGCCAAACUCAAGUACCAAUUCAACCUUUACCCGGAAACAUUUGCUCUGGCUAGCAGUCUUUUGGACAGGUUUUUAGCUACUGUAAAGGCCCACCCAAAAUACUUGAGUUGUAUUGCAAUCAGCUGUUUUUUCCUAGCUGCCAAGACUGUUGAGGAAGAUGAGAGAAUUCCAGUACUGAAGGUAUUGGCAAGAGACAGUUUCUGUGGAUGUUCCUCAUCUGAAAUUCUGAGAAUGGAGAGGAUUAUUCUGGAUAAGUUGAACUGGGAUCUUCACACAGCCACACCAUUGGAUUUUCUUCACAUUUUCCAUGCCAUUGCAGUGUCAACUAGGCCUCAGUUACUUUUCAGUUUGCCCAAAUUGAGCCCGUCUCAACAUUUGGCAGUCCUCACCAAGCAACUACUUCACUGUAUGGCCUGCAACCAACUUCUACAAUUCAAAGGAUCCAUGCUUGCUCUAGCCAUGGUUAGUUUGGAAAUGGAGAAACUUAUUCCUGAUUGGCUUCCUCUUACAAUUGAACUGCUUCAGAAAGCACAGAUGGAUAGCUCCCAGUUGAUCCACUGUCGGGAGCUUGUGGCACAUCACCUUUCUACUCUGCAGUCUUCCCUGCCUCUAAAUUCCGUUUAUGUCUACCGUCCCCUCAAGCACACCUUGGUGACCUGUGACAAAGGAGUGUUCAGAUUACAUCCCUCCUCUGUCCCAGGCCCAGAUUUCUCCAAGGACAACAGCAAGCCAGAAGUGCCAGUCAGAGGUACAGCAGCCUUCUACCAUCAUCUCCCAGCUGCCAGUGGGUGCAAGCAUACCUCUGCUAAACGCAAGGUAGAGGAAAUGGAAGUGGAUGACUUCUAUGAUGGAAUCAAACGGCUCUAUAAUGAAGAUAAUGCUUCAGAAAAUGUGGGUUCUGUGUGUGGCACUGAUUUGUCGAGACAAGAGGGACAUGCUUCCCCUUGUCCACCUUUGCAGCCUGUUUCUGUCAUGUAAUUUCAGCAAGUGUUACCUUCAAGUGCAAACUAAGGUAGACUACUCUGGGGAUGAGAACAGGCAAAACCAGGAAAGGCUAUAGAAGGAUAUAUACCUUAUCGGGCUGAUUCGAAGUGAGCCAGAAAAAAAAAAACCCAUUUACUUGUCCAGCUAAUUAUAAUUCAACAUUAUUUAAGCACUUAAAGACCAAAAAAAUGAUAUAAAAAAUGCAAAAGAUGCAAAAUUUUUUAAUAAGCAAAUUUCUUUUUAGUAUGUCAGUUGCACUCUUUUUCUGCUGGAAUGUAAUGUAGCUUGCCCAUGUUAAAAAUUCACAUCUAAUGUUUUUUUAAAAAGUUCCAAAAUUCAUAGCUAGCAAACCUGUCCCCAGUGUCCUGAUUUAGUUUUCCUGUUGCUUUUGCUUGCUUCUCCAUUGAGUACUUAAUGAAUUUUAUGCAUGUUUAUCUAUACUGACUUCCACUGAAUAGGAAACCCCCAAAAUUAUUUUUUAGCAAUUUAAUGAACAGAUUAUUUCAGUGUGACAGCCAUGUUUAAUCCAUGAUUCAAAUUCCAGUUAAUCUGAAAAGGGUACUUUGGAACUGUCCAGUAUGAAUCAGAGGUGGUAAUAGAAAAAGGUCUCAUAUUACCACAUUGAUUUUAUGUUUGUCUCAUUUCAGUUUCUACAGUUUAAAAACAAUGACUGUUUUCAUUUUUGUUUAUCUUAAAGUGAAAUUUAAAAGUGGCAUGUAAUUAGGAUACUCUUAGAUUUGUUGGAAGCAUUUUUGAAUUUGCAUAAAAGAAUUUGUGAUAAAGUUAAUAUAUCCAGGUGCUCACCAAAGAAACAUGUAUGUAAUAACUAAAAUUAAGAUUUUUGUAACUGCUCAGUUUUCACUAAUUAAUAAUCGUAGUAGGAGAGACUGUCUAGGUGUUGGGGCAGCUCUAUGAUUUGAGUCUCUAACAUGUAAUAACUGAAUUCAGUACCCUAGUUUUAUGUUAAACUGUUAGGAUUUCCUUGAUAAAAGUUAUUUCCCCUGCCUCCUCAGCCCCCCUGUAUUUCUCUUAAUGACCUCUGGAUCCUGAGCUGCUUUUACAGUCUGGAAAAGGUAUUGCAGUCACACCGUGUACUGAUGAAAAAAGCCUCUGGUAGCAAUAAAAAGUUGUCCUUAA